AUGCUGCGAGUACGAAACGUCAAGCAUGAGGGCAUGUUCAUUGCCAAUCUCCUUCUUCUGGCUGGCCUCGGCCUUGUUAUCUCUGCACAGUGGGAAAUUGUCAGAAGUGAUGCAUUUUCUUACACUGUCUUGAGUGCCUUCGGCUUCUACUACGCUGGCUAUGGUAUCCUUCUGUUGCCUCCUUUGGGAAUUAUAGAGUCCUAUGGCGGUCGCACACCUGAUUAUUCUAAUGCUUUUAGACUAUACCUGGCAGGUGAGAAUAUCACAUUCACUAGAUCGAGAGAUGUACUUAUUUGA